AUGACAGUGUCAAUUGAUGAAAUAAACCCCUACAUUAUGCAACAAACAAAUGGUCAAUUAAGCUUGAACGAAGGUGAUGUGCCCAACACUCAACUAAAGGGUCAAUUAAGCUUGAACGAAGGUGAUGUGCCCAACACUCAACUAAAGGGUCAAUUAAGCUUGAACGAAGAUGUGAUUAUUCAUGAUUUAAUUUCACCUACAACUCUAUACAUUCAAUCCUCAGAGGGAAUACUAGCAGUUUCAAACGACUAUGUGCUUAUGAACGAAUGUACCAAAAGACGUAAUCGACUUAUUAUAUUAGACGCAGAUCUAAAUCUUAAAACAUUGAGGCCUCUAAGAAAAACCACAAUCUUAGAGGCUACGCAUUGUGGUCAUAACCGGUUUUUAUUACUUAGUGAAACACAAGUAUUUAUAAUAGAUGCGAAAAAUAUGAGCUCAAUGGAAGUUAUUAAAGAAAUUAUCCCUUAUGAGCCAUCAAAAGUGUUUAAAUCAUGUUGUACAUACGGCAAUGAUAACUUACUAUAUUUAUGCUAUGCGGCAUGGGGCACAGAAGUUGAACGCUGGAAAAAGCAAUCUGAUUGGGAAUUAGUCAAGCGAUACGUGCCAGUAAAUGAUACUGAAUAUAUUAGUAACAUUAAGGUGAAUGACAACGAUGUAUUAGCCAUGACAAUAUAUAAUUCUAUUACUGAUCAAUGGCGUUUAGAAAUAUGUGUGGCGGAGACUCUAAGCAAAUUGAAAGCAACAGCAUUGCCAACAAGUCAAUGUGAUUAUUCUUUAUCAUUAGUUAAUUAUAACCGAUGGUUAAUAUACAAUGGAUGUUCGAAUAAUCUAUUGUUAGUGGAUCAAAGUGGAACGAAACAAAAUAUUAGCUAUAUAAAACCGAUAAAAAAUGUUGCACUAUUCAGACGCAACAAUUUAAUAUUACGCACAGCGGAAAAACUACUCAUACUUAUAAUAGCAGAUGAAGAAAUAGGAAAAAGCUAA